AUGAUUGGCAUCCCAGGGCUGGAAGAUGCACACAUCUGGAUCUCCAUCCCCAUCUGUUCUAUGUACAUAAUAGCUAUUGUAGGCAACACCUUCUUGAUCUUCCUGAUCCUCACCGAGUGCACCCUCCAUGAGCCCAUGUACCUUUUCCUCUCCAUGUUGGCCUUGGGAGAUAUCUUACUGGCUAUAGUCACCAUUCCGAAGAUGCUAGCCAUCUUCUGGUUCCACGCUGGAGGUAUUUCUUUUGGUAGCUGUGUGUCUCAAAUGUUUUUCCUCCAUUUCAUCUUUGUGGCAGAGUCUGCCAUAUUGCUGACUAUGGCAUUUGAUCGUUUUGUGGCCAUCUGUUUUCCACUGAGAUAUACAACCAUCUUAACCCACUCAGUCAUCAGAAACUUGGGUGUGGCCUCUGUAACUAGGAGUUUCUUGAUCUGCUUCCCCUUGAUUUUUCUGGUUUAUUGGCACACUUACUGUGGGAGGAACAUCAUCCGUCACUCAUACUGUGAACACAUGGAUAUUGCCAGGUUGGCGUGUGAUAACAUCAAAGUCAACAUCUACUAUGGUAUGAUUUUGGCCUUAUUUUCAAUCUUUUUAGAUGUGGUAGUUAUUAUCUUCUCCUAUGUGCUUAUUCUUUGUACUGUGUUUAGAAUCCCUUCUCGAGAUGCCCGGCAUAAGGCUCUGGGGACUUGUGGCUCCCAUGUCUGUGUCAUUCUCCUGUUCCACACACCACUUUUCUUUUCCUCCCUUGCUCACCGAUUUGGAGGCCACAGCAUACCCAGCAGUGUGCACAUCCUCAUUGCUAAUCUCUAUGUGGUGGUGCCACCCUGCCUCAACCCCAUCAUCUAUGGAGUCAGGACCAAGAAAAUCCAGGAGAGAAUUCUAUAA